AACAAAUGUAUAAAAAAUGCUUUUAAGAAGAUUGCAUGACAAAAGAAAACUUGUCUUCUCCUUCGAAGUUGCAAGUUCUGAAAAUCCCAAUAAAACAGGUUGGCGCAAAAACGACGCCAUUCUUAGUCCCUUUCAAACUGAAAAACCGUUUUAUUUUCCCUCAAUUUAUUUCUCCCUGUUUCUUCUUUUAUUUUAUUUUAUUUCAGUUCUCGCACGUUUCUCUUUAUAAAUAAAAACAAGAAAUCCAAUCGGUGUCCAUCUCUCGCCGGAUUAUUUGCGCUCUGACCAAUUCCGGCGGUCUCUCCUUUCCUCAAGCUAUCACUCUCUAGGUUCCUUUUUUAUGUUGAACUUCAAAGAAUUAAAGGUUAAAAUUUUUGUGAUUCAAAUCAUUUGGAAGAAAUUUUAGAUUGAAGGAGAUGCAAUUGUUUGUUGGGAUCAUUUCCUAAUUCCUUUUCAUGGAAAGCAAACUAGAAGUCAUUGAAGGAAGGGAAGAAGCCAGAGUGGGGCUACGGUUUUUUUUUUCUGCCUAGCCGACCAUGGCAUUCUCAUGAGAAGCACAACAGAUAAAGGUUUGUUUUUUAUUUGGAAAAUCCCAUCAACGUGGUUUAGUUUGGAGAGUUCGGAUGGAUGGAUGUAAAUCAGAGCAACGAUUAUGGAAGCUUGCUGCUGUUGUGGAUACCAUAAGACCACCCCUUGUUCCUGCUGAAAAGAACAAUGCAGUAUUCACUACCAGCCAUCCUCCAACUAAGGAAGUUAGUUCGAGUUAUGAAGUACCCACUCCACCAACAUCUUCUGUUCCUAGGCGUUUUCCAUCUCCAAACCUAACUAGAACAAGCCCUACACCUUUCCAGGUGGUGCAAAAGAGAGCUGUGUCAGCUGAGAGGAAGCGUCCAUCAACACCACCGUCGCAUGAAAAUCCUUCUACUCCAGUUCAUGAUUCAUCAAAAUCUAUGCCAAGUUCAUCUAGAAGGCUAUCAGCUGAUCGUAUACCAGAAAGUUUAUGGCCUUCUACUAUGAGAAGUCAUAGUGUUUCAUUUCAAUCUGAUGAUAUUUCUAUUCCUCUUAGCCAAAAGGAAAAAGAAAAGUCUGGUAGUAAUGUUUCCUUGGAUCGCACAUUGAAACCACCUUCAAAUGUGGCUCAUAAACAACAAUCAGAGACCUCUACCUUAUCACGAAAGCCUAGUCCAGAGAGAAAGAGAAAUCUACUUGAUGGGAAAAAUGCAGCUGAUCAGUCUGAAAAUGCAAAACCUGUUGAUGAUUUGCCUAGCCGAUUGAUAGAUCAUCAUCGAUGGCCAAGUAGAAUUGGUGGGAAAUUAUCUUCCAAUUCAUUGAACAAAAGUGUGGAUUUGGGGGAUAAGAUUGUUAAAAAUUUAUCUACACCGGUUCCAGGAGCAGUAUCAUCACUGAAAAGAAUGCCAAUGUCUAAUAAUUUAGGUAAACCUCUACAAAAAACUUCUGGCGAUACUGCAAGGUUGUUAUCACAUGAAGAAAUUGGUCGAGUAGGGUCUGAGGCAAUUUUAAUUAAUGAUAAGCCUCUGCGGGCAACUGUACCUACUGGGAUCCUUUGUGCAAGUUCAUUGGAAAAAUCGACCGUAGCAAAUUCUGGAUCUCGAUCUCAGUCACCAAGUAGGACCUCUGUUUCUAGGGGCAUUAGUCCAUAUCCGGCAGGACCUUCUAGUCCACCUUCAAGAGGAGUUAGCCCCACUCCAAGAGGAGUUAGUCUACCUCCAAGGGAAGUCAGUCCAACUCAGAUUAGGACAUCCAUCCCAUCAAGUCAAUCCCAAAACUCAACUUCAGUUCUCAGUUCAACUUCAAGAGGAGUCAGUCCAACUCCAAGGGUAGUGAGUCCAACUUGGAUGAGAACAUCGAGCUUAUCAAGUCAAUCCCAUAGCUCAACUUCAGUUAUAAGUUCAACUUCAAGAGGAGUCAGUCCAACUCGGAUGAGGGCAUCAACCUUAUCAAGUCAAUCCCAUAGCUCAGCUCCAGUAGUUAGUUCAACUUUAAGAGAGGUCAGUCUUACUCCAAGGGUAAUCAGUCCAACUCGAAUGAGGAAAUCAACCUCAUUGAGUCUAUCCCAUAGCUCAACUUCAAUUAGUUCAACUCCAAGAGGAGUCAAUCCAACUCCAAGCGUAGUGAGUCCAACUCAGAUAAGGACAUACACCUCAUCAAGUCAAUCCCAUAGUUCAACUUCAGUUAUCAGUUCAACUCCAAGAGGAGUCAUUCCAACUCCAAGGGUAGUGAGUCCAACUGGGAUGAGGACAUCCACCUCAUCAAGUCAAUCCCAUAGCUCAACUUCAGUUCACAUUUCAACCCUAAGAGGAGUCAGUCCAAUUUCAAGGGUAGUCAGUCCAAUUCGAAUAAGAACAUCCAGCAUAUCGAGCCAAUCCCAUAGCUUGACUUCAGUUAUUGGUUCAACUCCAAAGGUAGUCAGUCCAACUCGGAUGGGAACAUCCACCUCAUCGAGUCAAUCCCAUAGCUCAACUUCAGUUAUCAGUUCAACUCCAAGAGGAGUAAGUCCAACUCCAAAUGUUAUCAUUUCAAUUCCAAGAGGAGUCAGUCCAACUCCAAUCAGGACAUCCACCUCAUCGAGUCAAUCCCAUAGCUCAACUUCAGUUAUCAGUUCAACUCCAAGAGGGUUCAGUCCAACUCCAAGGGUAGUUAGUCCAACUCGGAUGAGGACAUCCACCUCAUCGAGUCAAUCCCAUAGCUCCACUUCAGUUAUCAGUUCAACUCCAAGAGGAGCCAGUCCAACUCCAAGGGUAGUUAGUCCAACUCAGAUGAGGACAUCCAUCUCAUCGAGUCAAUCCCAUAGCUCAACUUCAGUUACAAGUCCAACUCCAAUGGUAGCUAGUCCAACUCAGAUGAGGACGUCCACCUCAUCGAGUCAAUCUCAUAGCUCAACUUCUGUUACCAGUCCAACUCCAAUGGUAGCUAGUCCAACUCAGAUAAGGACGUCCACCUCAUCGAAUCAAUCCCAUAGCUCGACCUCAGUUAUCAGUUCAACUCCAAGAGGAGUCAGUCCAACUCCAAGGGUAGUUAGUCCAACUCGGAUGAGGACAUCCACCUCAUCGAGUCAAUCCCAUAGCUCAACUCCAGAUAUCAGUUUUAUCACUGAUUUUCAGAAGGUAAGAAAAAGUGCAAGCUUCAUCGAGGAUGCUCAUCAACUGCAUCUUCUUUACAAUCGUUAUUUGCAGUGGCGAUAUGCCAAUGCCCAUUCAGAAGCUGUAUUGUAUAUUCAGAAAGUAAAUGCGAAGGAAACUGCAUACAAUGUUUGGAAUGCGACUUUGGGUCUGUGGGAUGCUUUGAUCAAGAAAAGAAUCAAUCUCCAACGAUUGAAGUCAGAGCUCAAGUUGAACUCUAUUUUGAAUGAUCAAAUAGGAUACCUCAAGGAUUGGGUGUUACUUGAAAGAGAUCAUAUACGUUGUUUAGCUGGAGCAGUAGAAGAUCUAAAGGCGACCACCCUCCAUCUUCCCGUAACUGAUGGGGGAAGGGCGGACAGUGAAUCAUUGAAAGCUGCUAUUUGCUCUGUUGUCGACGUGAUGCAGGCUAUGGGAUCCUCCAUUUGUUCUUUAGUCCCAAAGGUGGAAGGGGUAAACAAUUGGGUUUCUGAGCUUGCUGCAAUUUCCGCACAAGAGCAAAACAUGCUUGACCAAUGUGAAGCUCUGUUGGCUUCAACCGCAGAUCUGCAGUUAGAAGAAUACAGCCUUAGGUCUCAUCUCAUACAAACAAAACAACCUUCGAAGAAGAAUAAGCAGCCAGUCUUGGGAACCAAAACAUUUCCAUGGCCCUGACCAGCUACUAUGCUAACAAUCUGCCGAUGUCAUGGAAGUGAGAUGAAAAUACAAAAUCUGCUCUUCCCAGUAGAUGUAAAUUGUUUCUUCCUUUUCCUAAACUUAAAGGGUAACUUUGCUUUUCCACUUCAAAAGAUGGAGCUCCUCUCCAUGUAAUUUUUGUAUCACACAUGAAAAGAGAUUCAAAGGAAGCGAAGGAUUUGAAAUUCAAUGUACAGUCAAACCUUAAGACUGAAAAAUAUACACCAAAAAAGAGUAUUAAUAUGGGAGAAAAAAUGUAGAGAAAGUUUAUUCGUGACUUGAAUGGAAGUAUUGUUGUAUUAGCAGGGUAGGGAGAAACCUUAUCUGUCUUAGAUUAAUGUUAUUUCCAAAUCUACACUUCCAA